UCUCCCUUGUCCGUUGCUGCGUGAACAGGCCGCAAUAAUUCACAAAAUGCAACGUUUCUUUACGUUUCAUAAAAUUAAAGUGCCUGGGAGAAAAAAAAUCACCCAUCAAUUGCUGAGCCCGAAAAAUUGUGAUCCGUGUGAAUUGCGGUUUAAAAAUAACUUUAGUAGUUCUCAGCCAAGAUUGAUGGCCAAAACAACAUUGCACGCAGGGCCUAUUGUCGAUCGCAACAAUGUAUUUAAGAGCCCCUUCGAUGAUGUGGAAAUUCCAUCUGGUUAUAUUCAUCAGUACGUUUGGAAAGAUGUGCAUAGGUGGUGGAAUAAAACCGCUCUCGUGUGUGCGGUAUCAGGGAGAUCGUAUUCGUAUAAGAAGUUGAGGAGACUGUGUGGAAGAUUUGCAAUUUCUUUACGACGAAAUAAUUUGAGACCUGGGGAUACGUUGGCAGUCGUUCUUCCUAAUAUUCCGGAGUAUGCCAUUGUUGCUUUGGGAGCGAGUGAAGCUGGAGUGAAGGUAACAUUAUUAAACCCUGCGUAUACCGCCCAUGAGAUGAGUAUACAGAUUGUAAAUUCAGAAGCUGCUGCAGUAAUUACAAUUCAGAAAAACUAUCCAGUAAUUGUAGAGAGUAUAAAAGGUAAAAAUUCUGUUCGUCUGCCAGCAAUUGUUGUUGCAAGUGGGAGCGAGCCAGUUCCUACAGGUGCGAUAAACUUCAGGGAUUUAAUUGCUGAUGGAAUUGAUGAGUUCGAAAAGAUUGGAGAGCAAACUGGAAUCGAUGAUAAAAAAGACACAGUCGUUCUACCGUAUUCUAGUGGAACGACUGGAUUGCCUAAAGGUGUUGAACUCACUCACAGGAACAUUAUCGCUAAUAUAGUGCAGAACGAACAUCCUGAAUACAAUACCGACGAACCGGCUUUUGGUGAACACCAAGAGAUCAUACCGGUGUUUCUACCCUUCUACCAUAUUUACGGUUUCGUCGUUUGUUUACAUUAUUAUCUCCGCCUGGGUGGAAAAAUUAUUUGCAUGCCGCAAUUUACACCGAACAAUCUAUUAGACAUCCUUGAGAAAAACAAAACGUCAGCAUUAUACGUAGCCCCUCCGAUUGUUCAACUCAUGACAAAUGACGACAGAUUCAAUAAAAAACAUGUGGAAUGCGUCAAAAUUUUCCUGAGUGGUGCAGCCCCCCUUGGAACUGAACUGGUCGCCAAAUUUCAGGCGAAAAUGAAACACAGUAUUAACCAGGGCUACGGACUGACCGAGACCUCACCGAUGGUAUCACGGUCAAAAUAUUCGGCUGCAGAGUCUGUAGGUUUAAUAUCUGUAAAUUCCCGAAUACGCAUUGUUUGCGGAAAUGAUGAUAAAUUUGGGCACAAUCUGGGGCUUAACGAGAUGGGAGAAAUUUUUGUGAAAGGACCACAGGUAAUGACUGGAUACUUUAAGAAUGUGAAGGCCACCGAGGAUUGUAUGGAUGGGGAGUGGUUCAAGACAGGGGAUUUAGGGCAUAUUGACGAAAAAGGACAAUUAUUUAUCAGUGGACGCAGGAAGGAGCUCAUCAAAGUCAAGGGCCUCCAGGUGUCGCCAGCCGAACUGGAAGACCUUAUCUUUGGCCACGAAAAGGUCGCGGAUGUUGCAGUGAUUGGAGUACCCCACGAACGAUUGGGGGAAGCACCAAAAGCAUUCAUUGUGUCGAAACCAAAUAGCAAAAUCACAGAGGAAGAGAUAAAAAAUUACGUUGCGGAGAGGCUUUCAAAGCAUAAACAUAUCGAUCAAGUCCAGUUUAUUGAUAAAAUCCCAAAAAGCCCAGCAGGGAAAAUACUCAGGAAGGAGCUUCAAAAGCUGUGAUACGAAAUUUAUAUAUUUUUGCAUUGACAUUUUGCGUUUGGGGUGUGACAAGUGGCGCAUUAUGGCCUAGUUCACAUAACACAAUAAAUUACGUCGGGGGCAAUGAGCCAGCGCCACCAAGGCCACAUGAAAAUGGUUAAUUGUUCACAGCUAUUUCAUUAUUGAAAUUCACUCUAAUGGCCUCAAGGAGAGAUGCAAAUACGUCACACGACCGUAUUGAUGACCGUCACAAUUUGCCAAAAAAAUAUGACAUAAUAAUAAUUUUUCAUCAAUUAUAUAUAGAUUCUUCUUCAUUUUGUCAUCAUCAAUUUUUAUUUGAAUUCAUUUUACAUUAGCCUGAUGUGCAUUUUGUUACGCUCAUUUUUCAUCUCUAUAGGUGAAACUAUUUCUUUCAUUUAUGACCGUCACAAAUUAGAAAUUAGUUUUUUAAAAUUAGAAUUAGAAAUUAGUUAUAGCCGUCAUUAUGCAUUUGUAUAAUUGUUUUGACAACAAUUUGCUUGCAAAUUAUUUGUGACCAUCAUUUUUAGGUUGAAAAUUUGAGCAUUAUAUGACCGUCAUUUUUUGGUCACAUGCAGCGGCCUAAAAAUGACGGUCAUUUAGCAUCUCUAGCCACAAGUGACCAACUGGCGUUUCCUGAAUCCGAACGGAGAUUGCUCAAUGUGUCGUCAGUACUACUCCAUGGAAAACACCUAUAAAAAUGUGGUCACAAUGAUUAUCCAAGAAUGGAAAUGACGGGUCGACUACUGAAUGUUGUUCCUGGUGUAUUUAAUCUGCUAGGAAUGUAUUAAUUAGGACUAAGAAUUGAUAUGGUGCCAAGGCUCUGGCAAGGUUCAAGGGUUGGUCCCUCGUGAACCUAACAGAAAUCACUCGGAGAAGAACAAGAGUCAUUGAAAAAAUAAAGCUCUUGAAAAUAAAGAGUUCUUAUCGCGUCAAUAGUGCACCCAGAAAAAUUAUUUAUUUGAAUCAAAUAAAUAAGUUUGUUAAAAUAGUACGAAAUUAAAUUUGUAUUCAAAGUAAAA